AUGACCAUUCUGCAAGACUACUCAGAUCCAUUCGACACGAGGGAAGAAACUCACAGUCAGGUGCAGGAGGAGCAGAGGGAUAAAAAUGAAGGCUACAUGGAACCGUUCGAAGCACAGAAAGUCCUGGCUGUGGAGAUGGAAGGGAUCAAGGACUUGCCGUGGCCUCCACCAGUUGGACAGCUGGAUGGUUCAACUCACCCGCCAGACGCUGAGAAACAUCUCCUUCUCCAAAGCACCAGCUCCAGAGAUGCUCCCCCGGGCCUCCAGAAUGCCAGCCCCAGCACUCCGGACUCUUCUGCUUCGUCCUGUCCCCUGGAAGUCAAUAGUGCAGCAACGGUGAAAAGCCCUGCGCCGGCGUGCCUAGAGGGAAAGAGCGCCCCCUGCUGGCUGAGCCCGGAGGCUGGGGUGGCUUUUGGCGAAUAUGUCAAUCCUGCACUGCCACUAGAGAGCCAAGCGUGGUAUCACGGGACCUUGAGUCGGGUGGAUGCCGAGAGUCUUCUCCGACUUUGCCGGGAAGCGAGUUACUUGGUUCGGAACAGUGAAAGUAGCCACGAUGCCUUUUCCCUCUCUCUCAAGAGCAGCCAAGGGUUCCUUCACAUGAAACUCUUGCAGACUGAGGACAACAAAUUUGUCUUGGGUCAGCACAGCCCUCCCUUCAGCAACAUCCCAGAGGUCAUCCACCACUACGCCAGCCACAAGCUGCCCAUCCAGGGGGCUGAACACAUGUCCUUGCUCUACCCAGUCUCUACUCAGCCCUCCAAUUGCCUGGCUGCAGAACCGUGAUUUGCACUGAAGGACUCAAAAGCCACGGUUGGGUGGACCAUUUGUGGUCUACAUGCCCUUGUUGCAUGGAGCAGGCAGGAUCCACCUAAGGUUGCAGGCAGAGGUCUGCGGAUCCAACAAUGGUUGUAUCGUACGCUCCAUAUUUGCCAACUCAACCACAGCUUGCAUGUUGGACUCUAAAGCAUUCUUCAAGGGUGCCAGAUCACCCUUCUCCACAUAGGGAGUGGUCAGUUCUGAGAUUGACCAUGUGAGUGUCAUCAAAUCCAGUCUUUUGUGCCCAUAUCCCUGCAUCCACACCCUCACCUCCCAGAUUUGGAAUUCUGCUCCGUGCUCAUCCAUUCCUGCCUCUUGGGUACAUCUAUUUUACUUCUUCACGGCUGCCUAAGCAAUGGAGGCUUUGAGAUCAAGAGUCUGCACAAUCCAAUAUUGUGUCCAUCAACGUUUCCUGGGGGCAGCUUGAAAGUUUGACUACAACAAGGAGUAAAUCAGCUAAUGCCGCAAAUGCCACUUUUAUUUCAUCCCUGACUUUCAAAAUGCCAUUCCUCAACUGAGUUAUUUACACAUCUGUGUCACUCUUUAGAUCAUGGUGGAUUGUAACUUGAUAGCCAGCCAAGAAGCCCUGAUCAACGUAACUAGGUUUCAUGAGAUUAAUUCUGGUGGGUUCCAUCCCAUGAUUGAAUAAGGGCCCUUAUUUUUACAGAUACAGAAGGCUGUUGUGAUUUUUCAGCUAAGAGAAUAGAGUUCUCUUAGAUGUUUUUUUAUACCUGACUCUCGGGAUUGAUGGAUUUCUGCUGUUGCUGAUUGGAGAGCAGAUGCAUUGAGAAGUUUGCUAUCUAGACUGUGAUGGCUAGUAGACUGGAAAACACAAAGGAUUUAGGAAACGGAGCCCGUCUCUUGGUGGUAAAACAGAUGUUUGAUGUGCAAAGGUUGCAGAUCUAAUUCCCAGGAACUUGCACUAGAAAAGAAUCAAGUUGUACUGUGAUGUGGAAAACUCCUGCUGGAUUGCUGGAGAGCUACUACUACCGACUACUACAUCAAGCGUGUGGGCUAGAAGGACGAAGAAGCUGGCCUGGAAGCAGAUGGCUUGUUAUGGAGAGUCUUUGCAUGUGGCUAGAAGCAGUUCAGUAUUAUGAAUUUAUCCAGGAUGCAUUGUGAAACUCUUGACUUGGUAAGAGUGGAGUUGUCUUUUGUUGGAUCCUU